UGCAGAUAACGCUCAAGGUCAACAGUAUUUAACUAUCAAAUAGGUCAUAAUUUAUGCGGAUACAUAAGUGACUUAGUGGGUAUACAUAAAAGAGUUUAGUCAAUGGUAAAAUGAACUUUGAGAACACCCCUAUCGAUACAGCAAAGAUGGCGGCUUCCAUAGGAAAUCUCGGUGGAAAAGUUGCUCUCAUUACAGGUGCAAGUUCCGGGAUCGGAGCAGCGACCGCCAAAUUGUUCUCUAAACUCGGAGCAUCUGUGGCACUGACUGGCAGAAAUGAAGUAAAUUUACAGCGAGUAGGUCAAGACUGUAAGAAGCCCUUACUUAUCCCCGGUGAUCUAUCGAAGGAGAGUGAUACACAGAGGGUUCUGGACACUACAAUAAGUCAUUUCGGCUCUCUUGAUGUUUUGGUCAAUUGUGCAGGUAUCCUUGAGCUGGGAAAUAUAGAAAAUACUACAUUAGAGCAAUACGAUAGAAUAUUCAACAUAAAUGUAAGAUCAAUAUACCAUCUCACAAUGCUUGCAGUUCCUCAUCUUAUUAAAACUAAAGGCAAUAUAGUCAACGUUUCCAGCGUGAAUGGUUUGAGAGCUUUUCCAAACGUAUUAUCUUACUGUAUGUCGAAGAGUGCCGUCGAUCAAUUUACCAGAUGUGUUGCUUUAGAACUUGCGAGCAAAAACGUUCGUGUAAAUGCUGUCAAUCCCGGUGUCACCGUUACAGAAUUACAGAAACGAGGCGGUCUUGAUGCCGAUGCAUAUGCGAAGUUUCUGGAGCGGUCAAAAGAGACGCAUGCGCUAGGUCGACCAGGUCAACCGGAAGAAGUAGCAUCAACAAUAGCGUUCCUAGCUUCAGAUAGCGCGUCCUUUAUCACAGGUGCUACUGUACCAGUAGACGGAGGCAGACAUGCAAUGUGUCCAAGAUAAACACCUGUAAUUUUUACUGAGAUUACAAGUGUAUUUUUACGCAGAUUUCAAGCAUAUUUUUGCUUUACCUUAUAGUAUUUCAAACAGACUUUUUAAACAGUUAUUAUUAUAUCAAUGUAUAGAAGUUACAGUAAUUUUAGAGCAUGAUUGACUUUGAAAAAGGAAGAACUGUGACUUCUUUAAUCCAAGAAAAUUAUUGACUGUAUUAUUUUGUGAAUAAAAUAUAAAAGUGCCAGUAAA